CUAACUUGGCACCUGCUGAAGCUUUUACAUAAAUGCUCUCCCAAUACGACAGCACUCGCAUUAAUUAGUCCAAAGCAGCGGGACCCGAUAUUUGCGUUUUGCUGGGCACUCCACUUUGCAUGCACAGAUUGCCCACGCAAGGAAGCAAGCAAGGAGAUACACUUCUGGGGAGUUUGAGCCGCUUGGGCGGGGCGCGCUGGGCUUGGUCGGCGAAGUCCCCGUUGGCGACAUCCGACGUCCGUCGUCGGCGACAUCCCGCAGCAGUACCGGGCCUGGUGCUCUCAAAGGGUCUGCUAACAUGCACGCUCACAUCCCACCCAGUCCGAUGCUCGGAACCGCGCUGAAGCAGAACGGCGUGCGGUUCUCGUCGUCAGCAAUAAGAAACCAGAGGCACACAGCUGUUUGCCCCGCUGCAGCUGCCAGACCCCGGAAAGCUGCAGAGGCACCAGCACCGGUGCUCGGUGAGCGCAGCGGUGAAGCCGCAGACACAGCCGAAACCCCAGCAACCCCCAAGAAACGGGCAUCUCGCGCGCGGAGCGCAAAACCCUCAGAACCAGCAGUAGAACCAUCAGGAGUGGAAGCAUCGGGCAGCGGCGAAGCCCCGGCUGAGGCAGCCAAGCCGCGGCGCCGCACUACUCGGACCCGCACCACGGCAGCAGCCGCGGAGGCGGAGGCGGCCCAGCAGCCAUCGGCCACGGGCGCGGGCGGCGCGGCGGCCGCAGCUCCUGAAGCGGCGGGGGCACCCGCCCCAAAGCGGCGCACCCGCAAGGCCGCGGCUACUGCAGCCGCGCCCGCGGCUGCAUCCACUGACGCCACUGCCUCGGUGCAAGGCGGCGGCGGCGCUGUCGAGGAGGCAGGGGCAGCGGUACCGAAGCCACGUGCAACGCGGGCUCGGCGGACUCGUGCUGCGGCCGCCACCACAACGCUGGCAGAGAGCGCGGCAGGCGUGUCCACGACGGAUGCGGACGACACCGGCGGUGAGGCGGCGGAGCUGGUCAUGGCACUGCGCAAGCACAUGAAGUUGGGCAAGAGCCCGUGGCACGUGUCCCCUGCCCAGCGUACCGCGCUGGCGGCUGCUUUCCCGGCCCCCUCGAACACGGACCCCGCCAGCAGCUCCAGCAGCGCUACUGCCGCUGCUGCUACUGCCACUGGCGCCGCCGACGUGUCCGCAGCCCUCGGGCGCGCAGAUGGCCUGCUACAGCUGUUCGGAGACGCGGGUCGGCAGCUGCUGCUGGCGGCUCCGGGCUGGGCGCUCGGCCGACCGCUGGGCGAGCUGCUGCAGUGGCUGGAUGAGGCCCUGUACUGUGUGGGGCCGGGUGCCACGCGGCUGUGGCUUCUGGAGGUGGCGGCGCGGGAGCCCGAGCUGCUGCUGCCGCUGGCCGGUGGCGCGGGAGGCGGUGGUGAUGGCAUUGGCGGCGGUGGCGGUGGCUAUGGCGGUGAAAUGGAAGGCCCCAAGGCGGUGGGGGCGCGGCUUGAUGAGCUGGCGAAGGCGGUGGCGGCCGCGCUGCCCGUCGUGGAGGAGCCGCGGGAGCUGGUCACGGCCAUGGCUUGGCACCGACCCGCGCUGCUGCGCCCGGCGGCGCCCAGCCCCACCCUAGCCCAGUCCCGGCUGUCUCUACUGCGUGAGCACCUGGGCGGCUCCCUGGCCGCUCAGUACAUGGCGGGACAGCGCUUCCAUCCCGAUAGCUCAGCCUGGGUGCUGGCGGGAGUGCUGGCGGUGAGGCCUAGGCCGAAGGUGGAGGCGCAGGCGGUGGCGGUGGCGGGUGCGGAGGCGGAGGCGGGUGUGGGUGCGGAGGCGGGUGUGGGUGCGGGUGCGGAGGCGGGUGUGGGUGCGGAGGCAGGUGUGGGUGCGGGUGCGGAGGCGGGUGUGGGUGCGGAGGCAGGUGUUGGUAAGGAGGAGAGGGUGGGUGCGGUGGCGGGCAUGGAGGUAGGCGGCGCAGGCAGCGGAGCGGCUGCGGACUCGCUCACGGUGGAGGAGCGGGCGCAGGCCGAGGCGGAGGACGGCGCGGAGGCUCUGCUGCGGCUGCUGUUCGGCGCCCAGCUCACGAGGAGGAGCGCUGCCAGUGGGUCGCCAACAGCGGCCGCUGCCAGUUCCAAAGCUGCCAAGGCCGCCUAUGCGGAGCCGCUGCUGGUGGGUGCGGAGGAUGUGGCGGCGUGGCACCGCGCCUGGGGCGCAGACUACGUGCAGUGGAGGGCAGACACACUGUUGACCGGAGACCCGGAGCUGCAGGCCGAGCUAGGGCUGCGGUCGGCGGUGGAGGAGCAGGAAGUGGAGGAGGAGGACGUUCCGGAGCCUGAGGGGGCUGGCGUGGCGGCACUGCUUCUGCAGCAGUGGAUCGAUGCGCGGGCGAGUGCCUGAUACGCCCUUCGGUUUCGGGGUGCGUGGAUUACGUCCCGGCUUUUAGGGCGAAGGCACCAUUUAGACGACCUCAGGUUUGGCCGGGGCACUUGGUGGUGUAGGUGGUGAUGGCACAUGGCAGCCAUCCGUGGGACUUCGGUGGACAUGAGCUGGUCUCAGGCCAAUCUGGAUGUAGCACGGACUGCGGUAGUCUGCUGGCUUUUGGCUUCGGCCAACAUACGGUAUGCCCCGGAGUGUCAGGACUGCACGCCGGGCCCCUGCGAUAAGUACUUGCAAGAGUGCUGCAAGCAUUGUAUUAUGCAGAAAGGUGUAAUAUCACUGCUAUGAGUCGACUCGUGAACAUGCCGAGCCGCAACUUGUGGUCGCGGUGGGGAGCAGAGCAACAUGCAGGGGGCUUCGAGUCUCGAGUGACACGCAUGCCUGCGCAGCUUGGUGUGCUCACGAUGGGACGCCGAUUUUUGGUUAGCGAAAGGGAAGUCUGGCAUGCACAGUAUUGAAUACUGACAAAGGGCUGGCUUUGGAGCCGUGACAGCCCGAGCGGCAAUGGAUCUGGCCGAUUCAAAGUUCGGGG